AUGAACCUCAUAGUUGUAUAUUCAGAUAGAUGUACUCAAGAUGAUGUUCCAAGUGAUGAGAACCUCUGUGAAGAAGACGAUUCCAAGUUGUCGUUGCAAUUAGCUAUUGUUGGUAGGCCUAACGUUGGGAAAUCAACAUUGUUAAAUGCAUUGUUGAAAGAAGAGCGUGUGUUGGUGGGUCCAGAAGCUGGUAUCACUAGAGAUGCUGUGAGAGUUCAGUUCGAGUUUCAGGGCAGGACCGUCUAUAUGGUUGACACUGAUGGUUGGCAAGAGAGAACUAAACGAGACAAAGGACCAGCGUCUUUAAGUAUCAUGCAGUCAAGAAAGAGUCUGAUGCGUGCACACAUUGUCGCUUUAGUUCUCGAUGCUGAAGAGGUUCUAUCAUAUUCAAACAUAGUUGCCUUCUUUCUGUUGCAAAAAUUAAAUUGA